ACCGAGCAACAUGGACGUGGUCAAGAUCGCAGCGUCGGUCGCUGUCGGCGCCCUUGGCUACCACUACCUCGCGAGCCGCCCGGCGCCAACCGCUCCGAGCCACGCGCGCAGCCCCGCGCCGGUGACCAGCCACCAGAAGGAGGACGCCGAGGACGACGCCGAGAGCGACGACAGCGAGGACGAGGGCGACGAGGAAGACACGCUCAAGUGGGAGCCGCACAAGAUGGUGCUCGUCGUGCGCAACGACCUCAAGAUGGGCAAGGGCAAGAUCGCCGCGCAGUGCGGCCACGCGACGCUCGGUGCGUACAAGCGCGCAGUGAAGCGCACGCCGCAGGCGCUCGAGUGCUGGGAGGCGCUGGGGCAGGCCAAGGUCGCGCUCAAGGUUGAGACGGAGGCCGAGAUGCUCGAGCUUGCAGCGCGUGCCAAGGAGCUCGGCCUCAUUCACUACGUGGUCGUGGACGCGGGCCGGACGCAGAUCGCACCGGAUACGAAGACCGUCCUCGCCGUCGGUCCCGCCCCGAAUGGCGACGUCGACAACCUCACGGGCCAUCUCAAGCUCAUGUAAUAGUGUAACGUAGUCUUCCCAUGCAAUGACA